AAACUUCGUCCACUCAAAACCCUAAAAACAUAAUAAAAACAAAAAGAAUAACAAAACAAAAGCCCUCCCCCCCAUCUUUCCCUUCAUCUUCUUUCUCUUUUCCUCCAUCUCCUCUCAUUUCCUCUUCUAUUCACCACUGAUCAUCCCCCGAUUCUCUCUCCACCAUAUAUUUCCAAAAAACAAACACCCCCCCCCCCCCCCCCCCAUCAAAACUUUACAUAAAAGAGGAAAAGAUCGGUACUUAAAAACAUGGUUUUCUCAUCUAUUCCAGUUUAUUCAGAUCACUCCAAUUGGCACCAGGUUCAACAGGGAAGUCUAAAUGAAAAUUCACCACUUCAGCCGCAGCUGCCACCACCCCAAGUGGGCGGUGGAAGUGGCGGCGGCGGCAGCGGCUCGAUAAGACCAGGUUCAAUGGUAGAUCAAGCCCGGCGAGCAAAGGUGCUGCAACCGGAGGCAGGACUAAACUGCCCCCGGUGCGAUUCAACCAACACAAAGUUUUGCUAUUUCAACAACUACAGCCUCACUCAGCCGCGGCACUUCUGCAAGGCAUGUCGCCGGUACUGGACUAGAGGAGGUGCCCUCAGAAACGUGCCGGUCGGUGGGGGCUACCGGAAGAACAAGAGAAGCAAGAGCAACAGUGCUAGCUCCAAGUCUCAAGUCAAUGGACUUAGUAAGUCAACAAGUGUGAGUCCAUCUCCCUCUAGCUGCAGUCAUUUUCCUCAACCAUCACCACAAUUUUCCUUCAUGGCUACUUUACAAGGUCUUGGUCAAUAUGGAGGUGGGAACAUAGGCUCGAAUAUCGCCGGAUUUCAGGCACAGAUGGCGGUGACUAACGGUGGCGGGGAGGCAGAUUUGGGGUUUCAGAUGGGUGGUAAUUCGGGUGGAAGUAGCAAUCUUUUAGUGGGUGGAGUGGAACAGUGGAGAUUGCCUUUCUUGGGUGGUCUUGACCAUCAGCUACCCACAAAUUACCAAACUCCGGUGAAAAUGGAAGACAGCCAAGGGCUUAACUUUUCAAGGCAGUUUAUCGGCGGUUCGGAGUAUUGGAGCACUGGGAAUCAAUGGGCAGAAUUUUCUGGGGUUAAUUCUUCUUCCACCAGCCAAUUGCUGUAAAUCUUGUCCCUUCAUUCAUAUCGGUGGAAGAUCGCCAUGACGCUUCUUUCUAAAUGAAGUUUGAACAAUGGAAAAGAUAGCGAAGUGGUGAAAUAUUCGGGGGUUAAUUUAGUUUGAGGAUUAUAUAAGUUGCAUCGUAUCAUAGUGAGCUGAAGAAGGAAGAACUACUGGUAGAGUUUUCAUGUGCUUUUAAUUACUUAGUUUUCUCCUUUUGUUUUUAUCUUCUUGGAACAUUGUGCUUUCUGGGUUUGCUCUACAUAUACUAAUUGUAUGGAGAUGCAUGUGUGAUUGCCCUUUUGUUAUUUGCUUUUCCGGAGGGGAUAUGAACUGAUUAAUUUCCAUGGAUAAUGUAUUGUGGACUUGAUCAUUAGGAUUUGUUUGCGUCAACA